AUGGAUAAUAGUGUAAUUACUGAUGAUAAUGAACAUAUAAAUGUUCAAAUUUUUGUACCUGAUUUAAAAUUUCAAAAAUGUUUUUAUGUUCAUUUAGACGAAAUAGUCUGGGAUAUUAAACAAAAAUUAUUAGCAGCACUUCCACAGCCAUUAUCACAAGCAUUUAAUUUUGGAUUAUUUUUGCCACCCUGUGACGGUAGAGCAGGUAAAUUUCUUUUAGAAGAUCGUCCAAUACAAGAUUACCCUUUUCACGAUUGUGUACCAUAUCUUGAGUUGAAAUAUAAAAAGAGAGUAUAUAGGAUGUUGAGGCUCGAUGAAAAGAGCCUCAAACAACUUCAUUCAAAAUCAAAUUUAAAAAAAUUUAUGGAUUAUGUACAAUCAAAAAAUAGCACAAAAAUUGAAAAAUUUUGUCAUCAAGGAUUAGAUCCUAAUUUUCAUGAUAUUAAUGGUGAGACACCCUUAACAUUGGCAGCUGGUAUUCAAGAUAAUCAUGAUGUCAUUAUCCAACUAGUUGGUGGAGGAGCACAUCUUGAUUUCCGUAAUAGUGAAGGACAGACCGGUCUACAUAAAGCAGCAUUUUUAUCAUUUGUAAGUAACGUAAAAACAAUGUUAGAAUUAGGUGCUUCACCUUCGUAUAAAGAUCCAAUAGGUUUGACACCAUUAUAUUAUUCAAUGUUAACAACAGAAUCUGAUGAUAGAAUAGCAGAAAUGUUAUUAGCUGAAGCAUCAGAAAUUGGUAUAACUGAUAUGCAUGGUAAUCAUGAAAUUCAUCAGGCCUGUAAAAAUGGUCUUACAAAACAUGUUGAACAUCUUUUAUAUUAUGGUGCUAAUGUUAAUGCACAAAAUAUUAAUGGCAAUACACCAUUACAUGUAUGUUCUGUUAAUAAUAAACCAGAAUGUGCCCGUGUUUUAUUGUUUCGUGGUGCCAAUGUUAAUAUUUUAAAUAAUCAAGGGCAAACAGCACUUCAUGUUGCACAGUUAAUUGGUAAUCAACAAGUUGUUGAUGUAAUACUUCAUUAUAAUCCAUCAAUUGUUGUUCCAUAUAGAAGUACACCAAAAUAUAAUACUAAAAGAAGAAUUCCAAGUAAUACAAUAUCAAGAAGACGAUCAUUAAGUCAAGUAUCAAUAUCAAGUAGUAUGCAAUCAGAAAAUUUUUAUAGAUCACCUUCUACUAUGUCAAAUUUUGGUCCUGGAUCAAGAUUAAGUUCUAUUAAUAUGAAAAAUAAUAUUGAUGAUCAAUUAAGUAAUGAUUCAUCAUCAAUAACAAUGGUUCCUAGUUCUUCACCAAGUAUUCAUAGUGGAAAUCAAAUAAUAUAUGCAAAUAAUAGAUCAGAAUAUGGAACAUUAAAAAGAUAUGCACCAGAAAAAAUGUUAACACCACCACCAGGUUUUGAAGCUAAUAUACCAAGAAUUUUAGUUAUACCAAGAGGACCAAAAGGUUUUGGUUUUAUUUUAAGAGGUGUUAAAAAUUUAGAAGAAAAUGAAAUAUUUGAACCAACACCAUUAGUACCAGGAUUACAAUUUUUUGAAGGUGUUGAUAUGGCUGGUAUGGCAAUGAAAGCAGGAUUAAUACCUGGUGAUUUUCUUCUUGAAAUUAAUGGUAUUGAUGUACGAAGAGCAUCACAUGAACAGGUUGUUCAAAUGAUACAAAUGGUUAAAGAAACAAUAACAUUAAAAGUUAUAACAAUUGAUUCUAAUAUGCAUAAUAAUCAUUUUCAAUCAUUAGGGCAAAAUUCACUUAGACGUUCAGUACAUUAUGGUGUCAUUUCACGACCCCCACCACCGCCACCAAUUCGUCACCCAAGUACAUCAUUGUCUGUUGCAAGGGGCAUCUCAAUGCAACAACAUAUCCUACCCACGUCAUCAAUGAAAUUACCUAAUUAUAAUCAUAUUAAUCAGAGAAGAAUUUCAGCUGCUGAGUUAGAAAAUUUAAUGGCAAGAAGAAAUAUGCCUGUUCAGAUGUGUACACCAAAUAUCAAUAAUUAUGACAUGAGUGAUUCAAUGUCUAGUACAAGUGAAUAUGCGUCUACUGGUGGUAAAAAAUUUAAUUCUGUUGCUGAUAUGAAACGUAAAAAACAAGUUCGUGCUUCAAUGAAUAAUUCAUCAUAUGAAAGUUCAGGUGAUGGUAUACAAACAAAUUAUGGUAUGCCAAAUUCUUUUAAUCAAUUAUAUUUUGGAUAUGAUAGUCAUCUAAUACAUCCACAUCCACAAGAACAUAAAGAUUUUAAUGGUUAUUAUAAUGAUAACAAACAAAUAAAAAUUAAAUCAUCAAAUAGUUCCCCUGAUAUUAAUCAACAAUAUAUAUAUGAUGAAAAUAGUUAUAAUAAUUUACAAAAUAAUAUAAAUAGGGUACAUGAUGGAGGACGCAAAACAUCAAAUUCUGAUUUUUCAAAAACUUAUAAAACAACAAUAAGACCUAAAACUCCACCACCACCACCACCAAUUAUUAAUGGUAAUAUAACAGAUGAUGAUGAGGCACCAAAAAUUCCUCAAAUUGACUAUAAUGAUUUUGAUAGUGAUGAAAAUGAUGUCGAAUCAAAAAUAAUUUAUAAAUCAGCAAAAUCAACGGUGAUCAAAGGACAUCCAAUAAAUAAAAGUUCUUUGGAAGAGGAUAAUAAAAAAAGUAAUAAAAAUGAUAAAAGUCUAUCAAUUCCAAAAGGAAAUAUUCCUCCACCCCCGCCACCUCCACCACCACUUAUAAAUUUAUCAAAAAAUACAUCAUAUAAAAAAAAUGAUAAAGAAUGUACUAAUUCAUCGCAAUUACCAUCAACAAAAUCAAUUGGAAUAACAUCAACAUUAUUAAGUAAUGUUAAAUUAAAUUCAACAUCUUCAACCAAUAAUAAUGAAGAUUCAAAAGUUUCACAAAUUAAAAAAAAUGGUAAAAAUUUAGAUUUUGAUUCUGAUUUACGUAAUGCUUUAGCAAGAAGAAGACAAAAAGUUUGUGUUGAAGAUGAUGAAUAUGAUGAUAAUGGAAAAUCAUGUGAAAGUUUAAAUAAUAUUGGAUCACUUAGUUUAAAGGAGAGUAUUAGAGAAAAUGUUGAAAAACAACAAAAUAAAUUAUCUGUAAAUGUUAUGGGAAAAAAUAAUAAUAAUAAUAAUUCCUUGACACAAAAAAAAGAUAGUGGAUAUACAUCAUCAAGAACAUCCCUAGAACCAAGUGAAAAUGGUGAUGAUAACCAUGAAAAAAAUGAAAAUUUAAAAAAUAACAUUAAUUCUAAUAAUGUUUCAAUAUUAUCACAACAAAUUGAAGAAACAUGUAAUGAAAUGUCUUCUUUUAAUAUAGAUAAACAGUUUCCACCAACAAUAAAUAUCAAUUUUGCCACCAAAACUAAUUCUAAUAUAACUUAUGUUACUUCCACAUAUGAAUAUGAUCAAAAACCAGAAUCCUCAUCAUCAGAGAGGAGUAUUGAAGGUCCUGUUAAAACACCUCCAGUAGAUUAUGAUGAACCUGACUCUGGACAUGGUGAUUCAGAUCAAGAUGAUAAACCACAUAUUUUAAAUCAAUAUAAAAAUAAAGAUUUGAUAAACUGGACAAUAAUGGAUGUAUGUGAUUGGUUAACAUCUAUUAGAAUGUCUGAAUAUGCAAAAAAUUUCCAAAAACGUAAUAUUCGUGGUGCAGAUUUGAUGAUGUUUGAUAGAGCUAAAUUUACACAAUUAGGGGUAACAAGAAUAGCUCAUCGUCAAUGCAUGGAACAAAGUUUAAAAAGUUUUAAUUCUAAUGUCGCUUAA